AUGAAAACAAGGUUUGAAAUAGGUCUGUUUUUCGUUUGUUCUGUUUUAGUAAGAGUUGUUAUUUUGGAUAGUUUAGAAGAUUUUAGAACAAGAAGGCAGAUUAACAGUAUUCCUUUGGUUUUUCCUUAUGGAGGUACAUAUAAGUUACUUAUCGGUAUGGCAGUACCGAUUCAUAACGAGGAUCACGUCAACUUAGCAUUUGGUAUUAAUUUUCAAUAUCAGUAUCUACAAUUUCAAAAUGUAUCCGAAUUGUCUCGAUAUUACUUCAUCAAGACGGUAUCUAGAGAACAGCGGGAUCUGGAACUAAAGGAGAGAAGUGACGAAAGACUCGUAUUCUACAAAGCGGCAGCGGAUAUGCUACAAAUGAAGGGUAUGAACGGCAUUGAUUGCGUGAUGCGAGCAAUUUGCGAAGCCGCGCAGUAUCCAGUCGGUGAAGAGGGUCUUGUUGGUGAAAUUAUACAUAUUUUACUGACACCAGAUUACGGGCGCUCUCCAUUCGAAGGUGAUACUGAAUGGUACGACAUGAUGUCUCCGUACAUUGACGCGGCUGUCGCAGGUCGGCAGAUGUUUAACUGUGCUUCUAUUUACACUAACUGUCCUGAGGGUCAAGGUGUGAUGGAACUGAUAUCUAUGCUAAGGGAUGAAUAA